CCGCCCGCCGGGGCCUUUUCCGGCUGGCACGCCCCGGACGUGACCUCGCGGGUGCGCGUUGGAGCCGCCCGCGGGGAGGUGCCUGCGCCCCCAGCACAGAACCCUGGAACCUGGGGGUGAAUCAGAGAGGAACCCAGGCUUGGGGCUUCUCAGAAGAAGAAACUGGUGCUCAGAGUAUUCUCAGCCUCUGGACGCCUCGGAGAAACGGGCUUCUGGGGAGGCGGAGAGCAGGCCUGCUGUAAGCUUUUCCAGCUUUUGUCAACUGAGGCUCAUGCAGAACUGAAGCCCCAGAUGUGCUCCAUGCUCUAUCAUGAUGGAGGAGGCCAGGGCACAAGGACCUGAGGAUGGCUUCUAGGAGCUGAGAGCCAACCCCAGCCAGUAGCCAGCAAGCCAAUGAGACCUCAUUCUACAGCCAAAGGGAACUGAAUUCUGCCGACGUCCAGUGAAGUUGGAAGAGGACCAGAACUCCAGAUGAAAUCAAAGCCACAACUGACACCUCAAUUUCAGCUGUCUUGCCAACAUUCCACUGACCCCUGAGACUCAGCGGGACCAGGAGCGGCGGAUUCGGAGGGAGAUUGCCAACAGCAACGAGCGGAGGCGCAUGCAGAGCAUAAAUGCAGGCUUCCAGUCCCUCAAGACCCUCAUCCCCCACACAGAUGGAGAGAAGCUCAGCAAGGCAGCCAUUCUCCAGCAGACGGCGGAGUACAUCUUCUCCUUGGAGCAGGAGAAGACCAGGCUUCUGCAGCAGAACACACAGCUCAAGCGCUUCAUCCAGGAGCUGAGCGGCUCAUCCCCCAAGCGGCGGCGGGCAGAGGACAAGGACGAGGGCAUCGGCUCACCAGACAUCUGGGAGGAUGAAAAGGCGGAAGAUCUACGGCGGGAGAUGAUUGAGCUGCGGCAGCAGCUGGACAAGGAGCGCUCGGUGCGCAUGAUGCUGGAGGAGCAGGUUCGCUCGUUGGAGGCCCACAUGUACCCUGAGAAGCUCAAGGUGAUUGCACAGCAGGUGCAGCUGCAGCAGCAGCAAGAGCAGGUGCGACUGCUGCACCAGGAGAAGCUGGAGCGGGAGCAGCACCUGCGGACCCAGCUCCUGCCCCCUCCGGCCCCCACCCACCACCCCACGGUGAUCGUGCCGGCACCGCCACCCCCUCCCUCCCACCACAUCAACGUCGUCACCAUGGGCCCCUCCUCGGUCAUCAACUCUGUUUCCACGUCCCGGCAAAAUCUGGACACCAUCGUGCAGGCGAUCCAGCACAUCGAGGGCACCCAGGAAAGGCAGGAGCAGGAGGAGGAGCAGCGGCGAGCUGUAAUUGUGAAGCCAGUCCGGAGCUGCCCGGAGGCCCAGGCCUCUGACACUGCCUCCGAUUCGGAGGCCUCGGACAGCGACACCAUGGACCAGAGUCGGGAGGAGCCGGCUGGGCCUGGGGGGCUUCCCUGACCACCCCCCAGCCCUCCUCUCCCUUCUUGGGGUUAGAGGGGGCCGGGGCAGCAACAGGAAUACACGCGGGCCAGCGAGUGAGGAAUUUUUACAAAAUUACAAUGUCAUUUGGGUCUCUUUUAUGACCUCUUUUUCAAUACUGUAAGUCAACCUUUGAGUGAAGGCCACCCAACCUGAGGUACUGGGGGCUGGGGUGGUGGGUGUUGUGGGAGCACCGGGACACCUGGGGCUGGGCCUCACCCGGGGGGGCUGGGGAAGCUGACACUUGAGGUGCCUGGCCUCUCUCUGCCAAAAAGCAUUUUUUUUUUUUCAUUAAACAUGUUUUUAA